AACAACAGGAGUACGCCAAAGAACGACUCGAAUGGACGAAUCUGAGUUGGGCUGACAAUACACCUGUUAUUCAUCUCUUGGGCAAAAAACCUGUAGGAAUUCUCCACUUAUUGGAUGAUGAGAGCAAUUUCCCGAAAGCCUCUGAUUCUUCGUUUUUAGAAAAAUGCCAUUAUAAUCAUGCUCUGAAUGAACACUAUUGUCGACCCAGAGUGGGAGGAAGGGAGUUUGGGAUAAGGCAUUUUGCCGGACAGGUGUGGUAUUCUGUGGAUGGAUUCCUUGACAAAAACCGUGACGCAUUGAGACCGGAAGUGGUUGAAUUACUAGCGUCAAGUAAAGACGCUUUAGUGAGUUCCAUCGCCAAGCCACUCCUGAACUAUGCUCAAACUAGGACGCUUCCAAGAGGAGCGAACGGUCGCUUCGUUACAAUGAAACCGAGAACUCCUACUGUUGCUGCGAGAUUCGGUGAUAGCCUUCAUCAACUGCUGGAGUCGAUGUCGAGGUGCAACCCCUGGUUCAUACGAUGCAUCAAGCCGAACGACGACAAAUCUCCAAUGAGGUUCGACAUGCCAGUUGUCCUGGAACAGCUCAGGUACACGGGGAUGCUGGAUACGAUAAGGAUCAGACAGUCGGGAUAUCCCAUCAGGAUGAAGUUCCAUCAGUUUGUCGAUAGAUAUCGUUAUCUGUUAACUAGAAUUCCAAGAGGUGCUCCUUACAGAGACCUAUGCAGAGCCAUUUUGGAGCAAAUGCCAGAUACAGGAACAGAGGGGCCAGACUUUCAACUAGGAGCAACCAGGGUAUUCCUUCGCGAGAGUUUAGAACGUCAGUUAGAAGUGAAACGAGGAGAAUCUCUCAAAGGAGCCGCAGUGGUCAUACAAAAGAACGUCCGUGGAUUUUUGGCGCGAAGAGAAUACAGACGACUGAAGAGGAGCGCUGUGACCAUUCAGAAACACUGGAAAGGCUACAGACAACGGGAACAAUACGAUAAAGUUCGAAGAGGAAUAGUGAAAGCUCAAGCAGUGUACAGAGGUAGAUUGGAGCGAAAGCGAUUCAUACAAAGAAAGGCCGAGUUUAGACGACGAGUCGAAGCAGAGAAGGUAGCGAAGGAACGUGCGAAACAAAGAGCGGCCAGAGAAGCUCAGCUACAAGCACAAGCUCAAAAAUCGGUAGCAAAGGUUGCAACAAAGGCCAGUGUCAACCACUUGGACAUUCCCGCAGAACUCGCCUUUAUUUUCUCAAAACUAGAUGGAUACACACCCUCACAUAGUGAGAAGAACCUCAUGAAAGUUUUGGGGGGAGUUAUUGGGUCACCUCCACCUGUUAGUCUUCCAAACGACUUGCACCAGUACGAAUUCGCUAAAUUUUGUUCAGUGUACUUCAAAGGAGCAGACUUGCAGAUGAAGAAAGAGCCGAUAACAACUCCUUUCCUUUCUAAGGCAGCAGCCAGGGAUGAAGAUUUUCAAGAUGCUGUUGCCCUUUUCAAACUUAUUUUGCGUUGGUCAAACGAUACCCAGCUCACGGGUAAAAGAGAAAGGACUCUUGCUGAUUAUAUUAUAUAUAAAGGUUUGGCAUCGAAGGGACUGAGAGACGAAUUGCUGGUUCAGUUGUGCAAUCAAACUUGGAAAAACGAGAAUUCUGAACGAAUCUGGCAACUCAUGGCGCAUUGUUUGAGUUGUUUCCAGCCAAGUCCUUCACUUCACAAGUACCUACUAAAGUUCAUAACAGACUAUGCUCCAUCAAAUCUGAAAGAAACUCUCCAGCGAAAACUGACAAGAAGUAUUCAAAAAGCUCCUCAUUCAAGAAUAUUUCCUCCGAGCUUAUUAGAGUGGAGAAGUAUUCGACAACGUACUAAUACUGCUUUAACUUUGACCAUGUCAGAUCAAACUUUGUCAACAGUAAAUGUCGAUUCUUGGACGACUUGUGAAGAAGCUGCAUCAUUAGCAAUUUCUUCCCUUGGCGUAACCUCUGAUGGAUGGACGGUUGUCCUUGAUGACUCAGGAGUGAUAGGAGAAGGCAAUGGUGCAGAUUACAUAAUGGAUUUGGUUUCUGAACUGGAAUUAUGUCCAUCCUUCCCGGGAUCCAAAUCCACCAGGCUCAAAGCUGGUACCAAACGACUUUCUCAAAUUGAAGUGGAUCAUCAUGUUAUGCCCUCACCUAGCAGACCACAAGUUCCACCACCUGAACCGCCUAUUAACGUCAGUCGCAAAGUUUCCAGGGAGAUGAUUCUGGAAAGAGAAAUGGCAAGGGAUAGGGAAACAGCUAGAGAAAGGGAAAUCGCCAGAGAUAGAGAAAUGGCUAGAGACAGAGAAAUAGCCAGAGACAGAGAAUUGGCUGGAGACAGAGAAUUGGCCAGAGAAAGGGAAUUGGCUAGAGAGAGGGAAUCGGCUAGAGAUAGAGAACUUCUCAGAGAAAGAGACAUGAUAAGACAGUCGCCAGUUCACAUUCAAACUUCCAGACACAGUUCGAGAAAGUCUUCGAGAGAUACACAUGAAUACACUAGGUCACCACAAAGGGAAUCGCCUAUAGCAACUAGUUCCCCAGGUCCUAGAAAAACUUCACACGAAGCUUUGUCACGGAAUUCAGCUCUGAACGAGAGGUAUUUUGAAAUAGAGAAAGCACGUUCAAGAAGUUUGGAUAACUUACUGAACGAACCUGAGCCUACACCUUUAGCUGAUUUGGGACUCAGUCAGUCCUCUAGACUCAACGAAAGGUAUCACUCAGUUGAACAAUUAGCUCCAAUCAAACCAGUAAUGAGCAACCAAACUUAUAUGCCCAAACCUGAAAUUGAAUUUGAAUAUCCUGAUGUCUCCAGUGUGGGUACGUCACACAGGGGUGGUCCAAGAUAUAUCAAGUCAUCGUACGCUGGCAAAAAAGCACCUCCUGGCUCCCACUCCAGCAGGGCUCAUAUUGAAAAAUCCGAAUUCGGAGGAGUCAGAAGUUCAGCUAUGUCCGACACUAGUGAAGCUCCAAGUUUGGCAAGUCACGUCAGGAGAGUGAGGGUACCAAGUCAGGCUUCUGAUGUAGACCAAUUUUUAGAUGAACUUUUCAGUCCCGUUUUAGAUGGUAACCUGGAUGAGUUGAGUGAUGCUAGGUCAUUAGCAGCAAGUAUAAAAGGUGGUGGACCUAAAGAUGUUCAUAAUUCGGAUGAAGAUAGUAUCGACGACCUAGAUGAAUUCAUCGAUGAUAUAUUAGAAGGCUUGCAACACACCAAGAUAGAAAUGUCGAGUGUAAAUGAUAUUGUAGAUAAAAUUAAAGGUGGUGGUCACAGAUCUAGAAACGAUAGUCAAAGUAGUGCGAUGCUAGAUAAAGAAGUAGAAAAUCUCACAUCACAGAAACUUCAAAUUCCAUCCGGAACUAAAACGAAUGGUAAUGUAGAUGACUAUAUUAGCGACCUAUUCAGACCAAUCUUCAUUAACGACAGUUUGAAAAACCUGACUGAGAAGCACAAUUUGGUUGACAGUAUCAAAGGCGGAGGCACAACUCAAAAUUCUGCUGGUACCUCUAGUUACACCUACCCUCCAAUUACAGCUCCUAUUGUGAACCCAGCGCAGCUUAUGAUGCCGAUGUUGAGUCCUACACAGGACGGUUUCAUGCCAGUGUUCAACAUGCCAGGAGUAGGAAUGCCUCAAAAUGGUACAGACAUUGCUGCCUAUCAACAAAAUUUGCAGCGGGCCUUUUUGCAGUCUGCUAUGGCACAAAAUAUUCAAAUUCAGCAACAACUAUUGGCACAAAAUCAAGCCCUACAGCAGUUGUUGACUCAGCAGAAUCCUGGAGUUUCCAGUGAAACGAAAAUAACGGAAACGGUGCAGACAACGGUGAAAGCUCAAAUACAUCAAUCUAGCCAGCCGCACCCAAAUAGAAAAUCUAGUUUCAAAUCUUCGAACAGUUAUAGAAAGAGUAGUUCUCCAAGCUCGCAGGAAUUCAAGUCACGCAAAGCUAGCUCUGAAUCAAAUAUGAGUGUUAUAAGUAGGAAUGGCGUACCUCCUCCGCCUCCACCUCCACCAAUGCCCCCACCACUAGAUGGUACUGACCCUAGCGAAGUACGUCCGUUCAUGGAUCCUUAUGGUCGCGCUAAGACCGUGAGAAUUGGAAAAUGGCGCUGGCCACCUCCAAACGACGGAACAAAUCAAGAAACUGGAGAAGACUUCAUGCAUUUCAAAAUGAGACAGCAUCAACGAAAAGUCACCCCUGCUAAGGAUCAAUCGUUGACAAAUACUAAUGGCCAUAGUGGUCACAGUAGUGGAAACUUCAAUAAAUCUGAACAACCGGCUGCAGAAUGGGAGGAGAUAGAAUUCGAACCGAUGGUGCGAGAAAAUGAAAGGCUUAGUAAAAACUCUAAACGCGCUUUUGAAAUUGGAGCUUCCAGACCGUCCCCUGGAAGUGUGGGAAAGUUGAAACUCAGCUCAGAAAUGAGGCAGAGACUAGAACUGGUGACGGCCAAUCACUCUGUGAGGUCUACAAGUAGUAAUGUGGAUAAACCAGCGCGGGUGGUCAAUAAACUGGAAGAUACCAGAAAAAUGAUGUUGGAACAGCAACUUGCUGGAAUAUGGGGUGAUGACUCUCGGAACAACAGUGGAAAAUCGAGUCCAGAUAAUUAUCCACGUAUUUCUCGCAACGGCAAUAAAUCUCCAACGACCCAGAGUUGGGCAAGCUCCAAUUGGAAACCUGGUCCUCCUCCUCCUCCAAUCGGACCAAGUUCCCUGCCACCUGCUCCUCCAGGCCCUGCACCGCCACCCCCUGUCGUGCGCCCGAACCAACCCCCUCCCCCAGUAGAACCGAUCAGAGAAUCAUCUUUCAUAGCUCAAAGACAAGACAGAGACACAUUCGGUGUCCAUCAGAACCGAGUUACCCAAAGCUCCAAACGAAACUCCUUCAGUGCUAAUUGGGACGUCCAAAGUAGCAUGACUCAAGAUACGACAGACGAUGGGGUGGGAUGGGGAAAAGAAAUGGAUAAGCGUGAUGAUAGAAGGGACAGUUGGGACUUGGGUGAGACAACAACAAAUACCUCUGUCGAUCCAAGACAUAUGGCGGAGAUGUGGGAUAGGGAGGAAAGGAGAUUCGAGAAGAGCAAGAAUGUUCGGAAAGAGGUAAUGCGCCACGACGUUACCGAAAGGCCCACUUUCAAAACGCAUAUGUUCAAUAAGAGCGCUAAGGAAAGGGAGAAGAAACAUUCUGUGGCAUCCACGCAAAUGACUGACAAAACUGAAAGAACAGAAGUUCAAGAAUGGCCAGAGUUCAUGAGACCAAUCCAAACACCACCUCCGAAGUCUCCAGUCCCUCCUCAAUCAUCACCGCAACCGCCACAAAAAGCAGAAUCCCCCAAGACAAUAUCUAGGCUGCUUCCUCUAGGAACUUCCGCAUGCGUCACAUACAACAGAGUGUCCUGGCUCCUAAGAGUGCGAAAAGAAGUAUUUUCACCCUCUGAAUCGUUGGGACCGCUGAAUGCAAUGCACUUGAUUUUCUGCCAAAUCGUAGGUGACGUUUAUGGUUUGACGCCCUGUAUAAGGUUGAGUCAAAACGAGAAGAGGGCAGGUGUCAACAUGUUAUCGGGAUACGGAGUAACCGCCGACAAUUACAAUAAUUCUCAUAGGGCGAAUAUCAAGAGGAACGUGAUAGAGCUGGCCAGGACCUGGCCUCUUUACUUUACGAGGCUUUUUGCAGUCUCUGGCGCAGCCCAAUUGUCUGAAAUCCAAUUCGUAGCAGUAUCCCAUUGGGGUAUCCACUUGGCCAGAAGGGAACAAAACCAGUUGCAAGUUCUUAAGUCAUUUGCUCUCCCAGAAAUAUCAUCAUGCAGUGCUCCUCGACCAUCGAGUGUCAUCUUAGACGGGCCCCAAGGAAGGCUGAAUUUACAUACGGCGCGAGCACAGCAGUUGUCAGAAAUGGUUACUAGAUUCUGCAAUGAACACAGAAAGAUCCAAAUGAAAGCAUCAAGGGAAGCAACCUCACCGCAGAGGACAAGAUCGCCGCCAAUGGAAAGACUGGACAUGAUAACGAACAAUCCUAGACAAAGCAACAUUAUUCACGAUAUCCCCCAGAGGCCGCCUCCAAGGGGGGAGGGUUCACAAUCGCCCAGCAGUCCUACGCCCCCAACGGGAAAAUAUUCCUUGAUGCAGUUCGCGUUGCAUAACUUCAGGCAGAGUACAGAUUUGGAAGUUCUGAAAAUGGACUCCACAAUGAAAUCAAAGGAGAAGCGAAAGGAAUGGACAUGGAAGCAGCAGACAGAUCUAAUCAAAUGGCAGGGUACUCCCCUUGACGGAUCACUCUUGAGGCUGGAUGAUCCAGAACUGUCUCCUCUGGCAAUGGAAUGUUUCGAAUGUAUAUUGAGAUAUUGUGGAGAUCUACCGUUGACCCCGGAUAUGUCAGAAGUUAAAUGCGUUUAUACAGUGUUAAUGCACUGUCACAAAUUCGCCCAACUUCGCGACGAAGUCUACUGCCAGCUGAUGAAGCAAACAACGAACAACAAAUCCGAACAUCCAGAGUCCUGCCAAAGAGCAUGGCGCCUUCUCUCCAUUGUGGCCGCCUAUUUCGCCUGUUCCGACAAUCUGUUACCCUUCCUCAUGGAACAUCUCACAGGCGCUGCCAAUGAUAAAAGGAGGAUCUGUCAUGGCACAGCAGCGGUAUGUCUUUCGAACCUCAGGAAAACCCAAAGAUGUGGAGGAAGGAAAAACGUACCGUCGGUGGAAGAAGUGACAGCGGUCAGUGCCGGAAGGAGUGCCAGAAGACAGAUAUACCGACUUCCAGGAGGUGCAGAGAGGGUAGUUAACACCAGGUGCAGCACGGUAGUAGCUGACGUUAUCAGUGAGCUUUGCGGUCUGAUUGGCAUAACUGGCGAAGCGGAGCAACAAGAGUUCAGUUUGUACUGUAUCGUAGAAGGAGAUGCUUUCACUAUGCCACUCGCUGCUGAUGAGUAUAUCUUGGAUGUAACCACGGAAUUGCAUAAGGCUGCUCAACCAUUCUAUCUGAUUUUCUGCAGAUCCGUCUGGUACCAUCCUCUCAAGCACGAUGCUAGUCCUCUGUACACCGAAGUUUUAUUCAACCAAGUGGCUCCAGAUUACCUCGAAGGGCUUCUUCUUCGACUAGGUAACCCAAAUCUACCACCAAGCAUCAUAAGAGACAUGUCUCUAAUAGCAGCGUUACUCCACCGAGCAGCAGAUUUCGCGCAUUCCCCAACUCUGAAAGAAGUAAAAUACUUGCUACCGAAACCAAUUUUAGGGCUGAGGGAACCGCGACCACCUCAGUGGCUCGCCCUAGUACAAACAUCUUGGGGUCAAGCAGCAGCCUUACCAGUUUCCAGGGCUAAACUGAGAGUCCUUCAAGUUCUGAGUAAUUGGUCGUUGUUCGGAAGCUCAUUUUUUGCUGUUAAGAGAGUAAUUGGAGAAAAUGAAAACUGGCAAGAGCACAUCUUGGCCUUGAACAGAAAUGGAGUGCAUUUCCUGGAUAUGGCUACACACGAGACUAUCCACCAUUGGCCAUUUGCUGAGGUUAUCAGUACCAGAAAAGUCAGAUCAGAAGAUGGAGCUUUGUUUUUGGAUAUGAAAUGUGGGAAUUUGUUACAACAACGAGUGACUCGGUUACAGACUGAACAAGCCCAUGAAAUUUCUCGGUUAGUUAGACAGUAUAUCAAUUUAGAACAAGAACACAGUACCAGACAUCUACGCUGAUAUGUCGCUCAUAGUGGAAAUGUUGCUGUUUGAAACAAAUAUUGAAUUCGAACCCUGUCCCCAAGUAUGCCUUCGAGUGAAAUAAUUACAUUUUUUUGUAAAUAAUUAUAAUAUUUAACGAAUAGAAAAUAUCUGUAAUGUAAUAUAAGAAAAUUGUAUGCAUUUAUGAGGUACGAUUAUAAUUUGACAAGGAUCAAAAACCACAAAUUGACUCAAUGAAAAAUAAUAUAAUGUAAUUUGGAAAUCCGUGUAGUCUGCAUAUCUUGUAAUUAUUCUAUUAGUAUAUAUCGAUAUAUCCGUUCACUUUUUGUUUUAGUAAAUUAUCAUUGUUAUCAUAACCCAACAUACUUCAGGAAAUUUCUUUCUGAUUUAUUUCAAUAGACUCAGAUUGAGACGGUUAUUUGAACUGAGUCUAUUGUGAUUAUUGAGUUCUAUCAGACUAUUUGUUCAUUUGUACCUAUUCAAAGUGGUGUUUGUAUUCAGUAAUAUAUUUUUUAUUAUUA